AAAUCGUGACCUGUCUUGUUUGUCAUUCUCAGUCACCUCUCCUGCCAUACUGGUGGUUACCAGUUCUCCCCUUGGAAGUUUUUUGGGCAUUACCAGAAAUGUUCCUAGCAUCCUGGAUCUGGGGAACAGCAAUAAUACUUUGUUGUGCCUUUUGUUUUCUUCUAGGAAGAAGAAGAAGGCGACAAGGUGAGCCACCACUCGAAAAUGGGUUCCUCCCGUACCUGGGCUGUGCCUUGCAGUUUGGUGCCAACCCCCUUGAAUUCCUCAAAGAAAAGCAGAAGAAGCAUGGCCACAUCUUCACUUGUCAUGUAGCGGGGAAAUACAUUCAUUUCCUCACUGACCCUUUUUCAUACUGUGCAUUGAUGCGCCAGGGAAAACAUUUGGACUGGAAGAAGUUCCAUUUUGCUACUUCUGCCAAGGCUUUUGGGCAUGGUAGCAUUGACCCAGCAGAGGGAAACACCACUGAAAAUUUUCAUCAGACUUUCAUUAGAACCCUCCAAGGCAACGCCCUAGAUGCCCUCAUUGAAGCAAUGAUGGAAAACCUACAGUAUGUCAUGCUGCAGUCAAGAACACCUAAACUUCAGUCUAAUACCUGGGUGACAGAAGGACUUUAUACGUUCUGUUGCCAGGUCAUGUUUGAGUCUGGCUUUUUAACACUUUUUGGUAAAGAAUUUAAUUCAAAUAAUGACAAAAACCUAUCAUCAAAGCAGGAAACUGAGAGAGCUCAUAUCCUAAAUGCCCUUGAAAACUUCAAGGAAUUUGAUAAGAUUUUUCCAGCCCUUGUGGCAGGGCUGCCCAUCCACCUCUUCAAGAGUGCCCACAGUGCACGAGAGAAGCUGGGAGAGGCACUCCUCCACAAGAACCUCCUGAAAAGGGACAACCUCUCUGAGCUUGUCACCCUCCGCAUGUUCCUGAACGACACUCUGUCAACCUUCGAUGACAUGGAAAAAGCAAAGACCCAUGUGGCAGUGCUCUGGGCCUCUCAAGCCAACACCAUUCCUGCCACAUUUUGGACCUUAUUCUUUCUUCUUAAGAGUCCAGAAGCAAUGAGAGCUGCUACCAAAGAAGUGCGAAGUAUUUUGGAGAGUGCUGAAGAGAAUAUCAGCUUAGAUGGCAAACGUAUUUCCUUGAACCGAAAACAGCUGGAUAAUAUGCCAAUACUAGACAGCAUCAUCAAGGAGGCAAUGAGGCUAUCGAGUGCAUCCAUGACUUUCCGAGUUGCCAAGGAGGAUUUCACUUUGCACUUAGAGAACGAUUUUUACAACAUUCGCAAAGAUGAUGUCGUAGCUCUUUAUCCUCAACUGCUGCAUUUUGAUCCAGAAAUCUACGCUGAUCCCUUGACAUUCAAAUAUGAUCGCUUUCUGAAUGAGAACGGAGAAGAAAAGACUGACUUCUACCGCAACGGCCGCAAGCUGAAGUAUUACUACAUGCCAUUUGGGACAGGCAUAGCAAAAUGCCCUGGCAGGUUAUUUGCUGUCCAUGAAAUUAAACAAUUUUUAACUCUGAUGCUUUCAUAUUUUGAGAUAGAGCUUGUGGACAAUGAUGUGAAAUGUCCUUCUCUAGAUCAGUCCCGUGCAGGACUGGGUAUUUUGCAGCCAUCGAAUGAUAUUGAUUUCAGGUACAGACUGAAAUGCUUAUGAGUAUAUAUUUUAUAUUAUGCAUAUAGACUAUGUAGUAUAUAAAUAUACUAUAUAACACAUACUUUAUAUACAUUUUAUGUAUAUAUGCAAAUGAAACAUUUCAAGUCUUGGGGGAAAAUCUAUAUGAAGAUGCUAAUUUGCCCCUCUAAUGAAAAAUGUUUACCAGUAUGGUACCAACAUGCAGUGGGUUUAAUGCACCGUGUUGAUGAAAAUGUCUCCCUCUUUAUCAAUCAUUUGGAAAUGCAAGUUAAGAUUUUGAAUUGCAUUUGUAUAAUAGCAGCUUUUUUUCUGACUUUCCCACAGUUACUUAGAAUUUCAUCAGCUAAUUCAAAAUAAUUGUCAAGAUUAAACUAAUUAACUAAUUAACUAAUAAAUUAAAACUUAUUCCUUUUUAUAACUGAAAUUGUUGGGGAUGGUGGUUCUCCCCACAGGUGAAAUAAAGUUUUUGUUGUAUAGAGGUAGAUUCACAGUGGGGAGAAAAGAGUUUCCUGGGGAAGUACCUUUAUGGUUUUAUGAAAAACUAGAAAAAGACUUGAAGAAAACCUACAAAAAUGUUCACGUUCAAGUGAAACUGCAAGACUUGUAUUAUAUUCAUUGUAAUAUACUUAUUUUCAGAAACUUGUAACUGUAUUAAAAUAAAUUAUAUCGGCUGAACCAAAUGC